AUGCCGCAGGAUUUCAUUCACGUCAAGGGUGCUCGGGAACAUAAUCUCAAGAACAUCGAGAUCACCGUGCCCCGCGACAAGUUGGUGGUCAUCACCGGCGUCUCCGGAUCCGGCAAGAGCUCGCUGGCCUUCGACACAAUCUACGCCGAAGGGCAGCGCCGCUACGUCGAGUCGCUGUCGGCCUACGCCCGGCAGUUCCUGGGGCGGAUGGACAAGCCCGACGUCGACUACAUCGAGGGCCUGUCUCCGGCCAUCUCCAUCGACCAGAAGGGCGUCUCCCACAACCCCCGCUCCACCGUGGGCACCGUGACCGAGAUCUACGACUACCUGCGCCUGCUCUUCGCCCGCGUCGGCAUCCCCCACUGCCCCAAGUGCGACAGCCCCGUGGCGCGCCAGACCGUCUCCCAGAUCGUGGACUCCAUCAUGUCCCUGGAGGAGGGCAGCCGCAUCACGCUGCUGGCCCCCAAGAUUCGCCGCAAGAAGGGCGAGCACAAGGACGUCCUCGAGGCUGCCCGCAGGGCCGGCUUCGUCCGCAUCCGCGUCAACGGCGAAAUCAGGAUGCUGGACGAGACGGACGACCUGAACCUCAACAAGAACAAGUGGCACUACAUCGAGCUGGUGGUGGACCGGCUCAUCGUCCGCCCCGAGACCGAGUUGGCCCGGGUGGCCGAGUCGGUCGAGACCUGCCUGCGCGAGGGCGAGGGCGUUGUCGAAGUGCUGCGUGAGUCCUCCGAAGGUGGCGACAGCGAGACGCUGGUAUUCUCCGAGCAGUUCGCCUGCGCCAAGUGCAACGUCAGCCUGCCCGAGAUCGAGCCGCGCACCUUCAGCUUCAACAGCCCCCACGGUGCCUGCUCCGAAUGUACCGGCCUGGGUUACAAGCUGGCCGUCGACCCCGAGCUGGUCAUCCCAAACAAGAACCUGUCGCUGUCCCAGGGCGCCAUCACUCCAUGGGUGCGGGUCGGCACCUCCGGCGCCUGGUACAUCAGCCUGAUGGAGGCGGUGGCAGAGGCCAACGGAUUCUCCGCCAAGGUCCCUGUCCGGGAGAUGGACCCCGAGCAUGUUGAUCUCAUCCUCUACGGCAGCGGCAAGCAGAAGGUAACGGUCAGCCACCGCACCCAUCGUGGCCGCACCUACAGCUGGGACACCAACUUCGAGGGCGUCAGUCCACAACCUGGAGCGUCGGUACAAGACCACUGA